AUGGUAAUAGAUUUAAGGCGUCCUUUGGCUCGAAUUCGGCGAUGGUGGUAUAGGGAAGAACCGGUGGGCCUAAACGAGGAGGAGAAAAAAAGUUUUUGGGAGGUUUUGGAUGAGGUAGUUAGAGACGUGCCUAGUUCAGAGAAGAUUUUCAUAGGAGGGGAUUUCAGCGGGCACAUUGGGUCUUUGCAGUUAGGGUACGGUGACGUACAUGAGGGCUUUGGGUUUGGGGUUAGGAAUGAUGAGGGAGCUGCCCUCUUGGAGUUUGCGAGGGCCUUUGGAUUGGUGGUAGUGAAUUCUAGCUUUUCGAAGAAGGAAGAGCAUUUGGUUACUUUCUGUAGUAGGGUAGCCAAGACGCAGAUUGACUUUCUACUGCUUAGGAAGGAAGAUAGAGCUUUGCGUAAGGAUUGUAAGGUAAUCCCGAGUGAGAAUCUUGUGACCCUGCAUAGACUCUUAGUGAUGGACUUGGCUAUCAAGAAGGGAAAGUUGAGGCGGGGUAGGAUGGGUCGACCUAGAGUUAGGUGGGGCAGUCUGACUCCAGAUAGUGCUUUAGAGAUAGGGGUAAAGUUGGAGGUGAAGGGGGUGUGGAAGUACAAGGGGAUGUGGAUAGGAGAUUGGUGGUGGAAUAAAGAUGUUAAGAAAAAGGUGAAGUCGAAGAAGGCGGCUUACGGUAAGUUGGUUGAGAACAAGGAUGAAGAAGAAAAAUGGGUAAGUAGGGAGAAGUACAAGUUAGCUAAAAAGGAGGCUAAGCUAGCAGUUACGGCUGCUAAGACAAUAGAUUUUGAGAGUUUGUAUAAGGGGUUAAAUAAGAAAGACGGGGAGAAGGGAUUAUUUAGGCUCUUGAAUAAUGAAGGGGACAGAGGUGUGUUAGGGGAGUUGGAGCUUUCUGGGGAGUGUCGCGACUCUCGCUUUUGUUGGCAUUUUAAGGUAGAGAAGAUAACAUCCGGCGGUGAUGGUGGUUGGCCUCGUCCUGAUAAGAGUUUGAAGUCAACUGCUAAAAAGAAAUCUUGGACACCUGUAGACUCUAAUGAAAACAACUUUAGGAUUGUUUAA